AAAGAUCCCAAUAGAGGCUACAGUACAUUUGCGGCACACUUGGAAGGAAGUUGAAGAAAUCAAUGGCGGAAGCUCAGCUUUUGGACGAUUCUGCCCUUGUCAAAGCCCUUGAUGAUGCCAUCUCCAAAUACAAGAUAAUGCAUAUUCAAGGUGACAAUGGUUCUCUUAAGGAAGAAAGAAUCACAAAAGAGACAGAAGAAAGAGGACCUGAUGUCUCUGAUCAAUCUAAUGAAAUUAAAAGUGCAUACAUGAAGACAGGUGAUAACAUCACCAACGAACCAAAGAACACAACACAUACAGGAGAGGCUGCGGAUUCUUCAGUAACUGAAAAUUGUACUUCAGAAGUCGUUGAGCAACUUGUGAGCCCUUCAAAUCGUGAUCAGGUAGAUGUUGCUUAUGAUGAUGUAGAAAGUGCCGAACAUUAUAACAAUUUACUCAACCAAUAUAAUGCUAUUGAGGAACAAAGGCAAAAAGUAUUAGAACAGCUUUACCAAUAUGGCAAUUGGGACUAUCAAGGUUAUGGUUAUGAUUAUGGUGCUGCUUAUGAUUCUCAAUACAAUACUGUGCCUGCACCCCAAACUUCUGAACCGCCUGUAUGCUCUUGCCGUCCUUAUGUAUACCCGACUGCACAACACACCUCAUCGGCAGCAGUUCCAUCCGGUGAAACUUGUGCUGGUAGCACAUCAUUUACUCAUAAUGGAAACUCAAUUUCUUUAGAAGAUAAUGCUUUUAUUAAAGAAGCAAUGGGAGCUGUAGAGAAAGCUAUUCGAUCAGCUACCAAAGAAUCUUCUGGUAUACCUGAUCUAGGCCAAGAGGGAAAGAAAGGCCAAGAAGUAGAUGCAGGUUCAAGAGACGUGGGGCAACACAAGACAUCUGAAACGGAUCUUUCAGUAGUAUUGAAUGCUUGGUUUUCUGCGGGUUUCUACACUGGCAAGUAUCUUUCAGAGCAGGCAUCAGCAAAGAAUUGAUGUUCUCCCGAAAUAUAAAUCCUGGUUCAGGAUCUUCUUUGGUAUUAUACACGAAUCUUGCAUAAUUUAAGAAAGAUGAUACCCCCAGUCCCCAGCUACAUCAGAGGGGCAAUUUUGAGGGAAAUGGUUGGAACACUUUGUGUACAUUGAUGUUUAAGGUUGAAGUUUUAUUCCCUUAACUUUCGGCUUUAGUUCUUCAAAAAAAGGAGGCGAUAUUGAGUUAUGAUAUAUAAGGAUGUAUUACUAGAUGAUAUGGACAAAUUGUGUAUACAAUCUCAAAGGUUUAUAUCACACUCCGCUAGCUGCCCUAGUAGCAUUCAGAGUA